UCAAAGGUAAACAAUUAGGUUUUCGAGAGAGCAAUGGCUAAAUUUGUCCCUAGUACCCUUUUGUUUGCAGUUUCUCUCGGACUUCUUUUGGUCAUUGUGGCUUCACAAGCAACGGUGUGCUCCAAGACAAGUAAGAAUUUUGAAGGAGAAUGCAACGACAACAACAAAUGUGACCAAGAAUGCAAGGCUGAGCGCACGCUAGGUGGAGUUUGCAAAGAUCGACCCCCUACAUUCAACUCUGCUGCUUUUAUUGAAUGUGCAAAGAAAUAUUUGCGUAAAACUAAGAAUCGUUGCCAAGAGGAAACUAACGAACAAGAAGCUGUAAAAUGCUAUAGAAGCAUAUUACACUCAUAUACACCCGGACGUUAUCCAUGUGACGGAGCUGGGAGGGUUUCUCAAGGUCGCGGCUGUAGCUGCGCUGACGUCUGCUGAAAUCUCAUCGCAAAUAUGCAUCUAUCGUUGUUUCAUCUAUAUUGAGAUUAUUAUUAUUAUUAUUGUGGUAGUUGUUUCAAUGUCAUUGGAGUAUAAUGAACCCCAAAUUGAUUUCAAAAACCCUAAUCGAAUAUACAUUUCUGAUAACACGAUUAUUCACUCGAUUUUGCAUUUUUGGAAGUCUUGUAAAAAUAUAGUUCCCCGUUCAUUCCUUUUUGUUUGAAUCAUUUGUUUUAGGGUUUUCUAUAAUCAGUUAAAAAAAAUUACCUCGAUUUUGUCCUUUCCCUCGCUGACUUUCAACACCAAAAUUUAAACCCUUGCCCCUCCCCCACACCAAUGAAGUUGUUUUGGCUGCA